CACAGGGAGAUCGAGGGGGUACGAUGCACACACACAGACAGUCAUUCACGAGGAAUUCUGCAGCAUCAGGCAGGCUGGUCAGUGCGUGAUUUUUACACAAAGAAGACCGGGAAAGAGGUACCUACUGAUGAGAGACGUUACUCAACGUUUGAGGGAAAUCCCCGGUGUGCCUGUGUGUGUGCACUACUGCCAGAGAACUGUUGGGGGACCCGAGACGGCGAGAUGGGCUGUAACCUGUGCACACUGCAGAAAAGAGAGGAGCACUACAAGCUGCUGUAUGAGAUCGCACAGGUGAAUGGGCGUGAUUUUUCCAAGUCUGGACAUGAGGGAACGGUGGAGGCCAUGCGGAAGGAUCCCAUUGUGGUGCAGGUGUUGAGGCGGGGGCCCUCGGCCCGGAACCAGAACAGCCUACAGGAAGUGUGUGUGGUGGAUGUGUGCACUCAGACAGACAUCACCUUUGAGCACAUCAUGGCUCUGGCUAAGAUGAGACCCACCACUCCACCUGUGCCAGACAUCUGCCCCUUCCUGCUGUCGGACAG